AUGAAGCACAAAUAUGGGAUGAAAAGCUCACCAGAGAAAUACAGAAUGCAGCGGUUGAACGAUACGUGUACGCAGUUGUGGAAUCUCCGAGAGAUGAUUGGGGACAAACUCAGUCCGCUUCAGCUGUCAGUCAUCGAAAUCUUCCUCGAAUCAGUCGACAAGGUGGCAGACAAUGCGGCUGUGCUUAGUGAGCAGCUGUUAUCCUACAUCCUGAUCGAGCAGAAACUAGAAGAGCUCGACAAGAAGUCAGCCGACGUGGAGCAGAGGCUCGAAUUAUUCUUGGAGGAAAAGGAAACCGAGCUUUCCAAGCUGCGAAGCGAGCUCGCUGCUAUCAAAGCAGAGAGAGACGCGCUCAUGGAGAACUGCGGAAUUCCCUAG